AUGCCCAAAGUUUUCAAAAAGGUCGUUGAAGAGGGCAAGAAGAUUAUUCAUGAGAUGAACGAACCGCCAAGACAAGCUAUUCCUAACAAGCCUCCAAGCAUCGAAAAGUGGCUUAAUAACACAGUCGACCCGUUUGUUGAUUCACGACCUGGGAAUGAAUCCAAAUCACAAGCUCCGACGGCAAACGAUAUACAAGAGAAUGAAGAGCAUGAUGGAGCGGUGAAAUCACGCAGGCGCACUUCACACAGCACCAGGACCUCGCCGCAGUCCACUCCCAGCGGCCGUAGCAGAGACGACAAAACAAUCAAGGAACAGACAGUUGCGGACGACCAUGAGACCACUGUGGCUGCCUCUGAGUCGACAAAGGAAUCGAUCACGCCAACAUCUGCAGGGUUGAAGCGAAGCCGGGCAAUGAGGAGCAAUUCUUCACCGCUUAGAGCCGACAAUGGCAAGCGGCAACUCUUUGGUGCUUUGAAAGAAGCGUUCCAGGGAGAAUCCAACACAGGGCACUCUGUACGGCCGAAGAGCUAUCAAAGUUCUGAUCGAAAGUUUUCACACUCGGAAGAUGUACCACAGCCCCUGCAAAUACGAAAGUCUAUGCCGCCACUGCCAGCUUCCAAGGCGCAGUUCGCCAUCAGCUCGGCCAACGAUGCAGGUGCUUCAUCGCCCACGCUGGCAGCACCACGACUACCCCCUCCUACGAAAGGAGAUCACGAGCUGUCAACUAUUUUGUCAGAAGAUAGCUCGAGCGUGAUUGAUUCUGAUUUAACUUCGGAUGUCAGCCAAUCGACUCUGACGCAAUCAACUAUUCUUACAGGGGAGAGUGAUUUGUCAAAGUCUCGCACAAAUCAUGCGCCGGGGCUGAAGAGGAGACUUACAAAACACUCUGAUCUUGUGUCAGUAUUGUCGCUGCCUGAUGACUCAAGUAUCCCAAACGCCGCGAAGAGCAAUCGCUCCAGGCCAAGCUUGCGCAAGAGACGAACCGCCUCUGGGGGCGUCACCUCACAGGAGCUGUUGCGCGAAUUCCUCGACGAUGAAAACCUGUACAUCCGGGAGCUCAAGACGUUGGUUGAUGGCGUGGUGCCGGUUCUUCUAUCGCAUGUUGUCAAUGGCACCAACGCGACGGAACUUUUUGGCCCGUCUCAGACAGGUAAAAUACCAGAUAAUGUUGCCAAAUCAGUUGUCAGUAUGGGUGUGUCCUUGGAGAAGCUCAAACACGCCCACAAGAAGGCUCCGACAACGGACAUUCGCAAAAUGGCCAACUGGGCACACGGCGUGGUACCUAUGUACAAUAGCUAUCUCAGCGCAUGGAGGCUGGGUUUCGACGACGUGGUUGUCAACCUAGCUCCAGCAGCAGACGGUGCGGACGAUGGUGAUUCGCUUCUUGAGGCGCUACCGAGAAAUGAGGAUGGGGAUGUUGUGAAUAGCAAUGGGGAGCGCGUGGCAGUAGCCCAUCUUCUCAAACGACCCCUGAUUCGUGUGAAGCAAAUCACCAAGCUCAUGAAGUGCGUUGACUCUAUCAUCGCCUCUAAUGAUACCCACGAGCUUCUACGAGACUUUGAAAAUCUUCAAGAAAAGGCGCGUCGCCGUUACAGAGAAGAGAGUGCCAGGGUCGUCGACGAAGAGGCUAUCAACACUGAUACGUCAAGAUGUCGGGACCUAUGCAACUUGGAGAGUUGCCAAAUAGUGUCCAUUGACGCCCGGCGUCAAGUCAGCGCCAAGGACAUAUUUACUCUCAGUCUGUGUCAUUCCAAUAGCCAAAGACUGGAUUGCCAGGUUGAACUCAUACACCGAGACAACCAGAAAGACAACACGGACGAAGGUGACUUGUUGAUCCGAGAGACUGGAGAGGGUCGUAAAUCCUAUCUUCUUUUCCCGCCUAUUGCCAUGUCAAAGAUUUCCGCGCGAACUGGCGACAGCCAUUUUGAGAUGGUUGUCAUGGUCCGAGGCACGAGCAAUGGCAGGCUGUGGCGUGAGCUUUUCACACUCACAGCGGAUGAUGAGGACCAAAUCCUCGAUUGGCUUGAUAUCCUUCCACUACAGCCUGUUCCACCCCUCGAAUUUGGUAAGUCCGUGGUUCUUGAAACUCAAGAGCCGCCUCAAGAUCAACCGAGCACUCCGACACGCCGUCGGGAACCGUUGAUUGCGCCUUCAACAGAGCCACCGACAGAAAAAUCGCCUCGCUCGCCGAUUGCUAAGGAUGUGUCUAUUUCUACACCUACGAGCGUGAACAAGAAGACGACCCCAGCCCGGUACCACGCUCGUCCUCCGACAGUUGGUCCAACUCAGUCCCCGCCGGUCACACAACCAGCGGAGCCCGACUUGGAAGAUUUAGACAAGACGCCAACGAAGGAUGACUACCAUGCAGGCCCAAAUCCUGAGAGCAGAGGUCGUCCUCUCAAGGAGAGCAUGCGGCCGGAUCCUACGUUGCUUCAACCUAAGAGACAACAAGCCCAGACCCCAAACACAACACCGUAUAGGGAGGAUGGAGCCCCUCCACCACCCAUCCAUAGAACCCUCAGCGCCAGCCCGAAGAUUGCGGGAGGAGAUGCCAACAAAUCUACACCAGUCAUGCAACCGCCAACGACAGAAAACCAUGGCAAUGAUCGACUUAAACGGCGGGGCUCAUCGCCAUUAAAGCACGAGUAUUUGCCAUCAGACCAGUCAUCAACUUCGGAGGCAUACUCAACGGAAAACUCCGAGGCCGAGUCAUCUGAUGACGAGAUUGAGAGCCUUGACAUCCCAGAGACUGAGUUGGGCGUCAGCAUCAAAGACAACGACAGUCGACGCCAGCAACCUCCGUCUGCUCUUAUGCCCGAGUCUGAGUGCAGCCUCUCACCAUCUAAUUCCGCGUCUCAGGCCGGGCUGUACAAGCACAGUGUCUUGGGAAAUGAACAAAUUGCGCGAUACAUGGCUCGCAUUUCUCGAUGGUCAGACAAGGGAAUGUGGAAGGACAUCAUAACAGACCCAUGCUCCAUCGUCGUUACGAAUGGUCUCAUUGAAGCAUACGCUUUCCGUACGGUGUCCGACAAAAGCGACCUUGACCCUCCGCUUCUCGCACUUGACCUUACUCCUUUGGUGCUGAUUCGGCAGAGCACCGCGGUCGACUUGGAGAUUCGCUCCACCGUUCAGUCUCACUCCAAGCUCUAUCAAUCGCAAAGCGGAGGAAACUUCCGGUUCCGCUGUUUCGCCGCUCCUGACUGUUACAGCUUGUACAUGUCUGUACACCAAGCGCGACUCCAAAACCAAAAAUUCAUUCAGCUUGAGAAUGAAGCGAGAUUCAAGAGCUUUGGCGAGCGACAGGCACCCGAGAAUGACGGUGAUACAAGUAGCAAGCGACGAAGCUGGUUCGGUAGGAAGAACAGCUAUCGAAGCUCGGUCCGCGCCCCUUCACAGUCCCAUGAUGGAGCUAGUACUACACCUUCAUCUACACCAUCGGCGUCCAGUUUCCUCAAGCGCCUAACUGUGAAUGGUAACAUGUCAUUCAAUAUUGCCAGAUCAUCCAUUGACAGGCAAAGCCGGGCCGGCAGCGGCGUAAACAGUUUAUACACAUCGGGAUCUUCAUCAGCGAGCGGCACUCCUCCCCGCUCUCCUUCCGUUAGUGUGGAAAAUAGUGGCCAGCAUUCUGUCAAUGUAGGUGCUGACAUUAUCCGAAUCCGACUUCACCUGCUCGUAACUUCUGCCAAAUGGGAAGACUACGGAAACUGCAGCCUGCAAAUUAGGCGACCGCCGCCGGGCUGGCGUCAGGCGCUAAGGGCUGAUCAUGGCCUUGAAAAGCGCAUUACGGUAACAACAUUACCAAAGAAAGACUCAGAGGAAGCCAAGAUUGUGCUAGACGCAGUCUUGGGUAGCGGUUGCUUCUCAGCGAUGGGCAGUCGUGGCAUUGUCUGUGGUGUUUGGGAAGAAGUAAAGAAUGGAGAUGGUGUGGUUGGCAUGGUUCCAGAAACCGGUGCAACUGGCGGAAACAUCAAGAAGUGGUGUUUCCAGUUUUCGAAUGCUGCCGAAGCCAAUGGUGUGCUCAGGCUUGUACAUCAGGAAGUGUUGCGGGCCUAG